AUGCGCGCUCGUCGCGAUUUCCACAGCCUCAAACCUGAGAACACCCCAUUUUUCACAUCGUCUGCCACGCUAAGUCUCCCCAGCCAACCAGCUCCAGCCCAGAUGGCAUCACCUAAACGACCUCCCACCCAGACCCAUCUCUAUCAAAACCUCGCAACUGGUCAUCCAGUGAGCUCAGAUAUGGCGUUUCAAAAUCCAGAUCCACCAGCUUUCAGCCCCCAGUCACCAGCAACACUUGAUCAAAUGACCCUCGAUAUGAGGGACUUGGUCAAGAAGGUGCAGAAGCUGAGCCAUUUGGGCAUUGAAGACAACCGCAUCGCCCUUCCAAAAGUUUGCGUCGUUGGAGACCAGAGCACGGGAAAAAGUUCCCUCAUUGAAGCCAUCUCAGGCAUUCGAGUCCCAAGAAGUGCUGGGACCUGCACUAGGUGCCCUAUGGAGAUCAUUCUCCGGGAGAGCGAGGCCGACCAGGCCUGGAAGUGUACAAUCUCCUUGGUGCGAGGAUCCCUUUACGACCCUCACAAAACCCUAAAAGGCAUGCUCCCCAAGACCGAGAAGUCUGAAUAUCUUGGGCCCUGGCUUCGAAGAAAUAACCAAGACGAAGAAGAUUUCGUCACUCUGUUCGAGAAAAGCGAGGUACAGAAUGCGAGAAUGUGGGCCCAAUUGGCCAUCUUGAACCCGACUUCGGAUUCCCAGGAGUACGUUCCGGGGAAAAACACAGACACUCUGCCCACAAACGAGGUCAAAUUUUCGCCAAACAUCGUCCGGUUAGACAUUUCAGCCCCGGAUUUCCCAAAUUUAUCGUUUUACGAUCUGCCCGGAGUCAUCAACCAAGCCGACAUCGACAGCGAGAAGUAUUUAGUCACCCUCGUUGAAAAGCUCGUGAAACAAUACAUUUCGCAAGAGAACUGCAUAGUUCUCUUGACGAUGUCGAUGACAGAUGAUGUCUCGAACUCAACGGCAGCCCGCAUCAUGCAUGCGGUAAAAGGCGCAAAAGACCGCACUUUCAGCCUGGGACACGGGUAUUACGUGGUCCUCAACAAUCCUAAUCCCAAUGUCGAUCAUCUGGUUGCCCGACGUGAGGAAGACUCGUUCUUCGGACAGCCAUUCUGGUCGGGCAAUAUGGCGGCGUAUCAAGACCGCUUUGGAGUUCAAACCCUCCAAACGGCCCUUUCUAACAUGCUCAUGGCGCAAAUUCAAAAGUGCCUACCAUCUAUCAUCAAGCAGAUUGAUGAGAAAGCAGCAAGAAUCGAUAUGGAGUUGAAGACACUCCCAGAUCCCCCGGCCGACAACGUGCAAAGAAUUUUAAUUGAAAAGGUUGUGACAUUGAAAGUACAAUUCGAUGCCUUAUUCAGCGACGGCAAUGAGAGCAGACUGUUGCAGCAGGCCUGGAACAAGCUUGUGCUGGAUUUUCAGAAAGCGCUGGAAAUCACCCAGCCCCGACUUCGGCUUAUCGCCGUAACCGAUGGUGCUCAUUUCAAAGAGAGAUUGGAACACGAAGACAUGCCAGGACCUGGCUCACCGCGGGCGAAAAGAAAAGCGGCAGCUGUGGAGGAGCCGUCGCGAAGCAUCGAGCCACAAGCACAGCAGCCUGCCGCCACUCGACCAGAAUUCUUGACCAAUCACUUCGCUAGGUGGGAAGUCGCGGCCCGUAUCGAGUUGGAAGACAUCCGGCGGAUGAAGCAGGAGUGCCAGCGUGCUGGCAUUCCCAAUCAGAUCGAGCCAAGCGCAAUCCAAACCCUCUAUCAAGAGAUGGUCAAGCACUGGGGCGCGAUCACAAAUGAUUUCGUGCGUGCUCUGCACCGUGUCGUCCACAAGGCCAUACUCAUGACCUUGGACGACGUCAUGGCCAUGUACCAGCAGACUGGUCUUUACAGGGAGCUGCAGAAGGUCAUCACCGAGCUUUUAGACUUGAUCGAGGCCCAAUUCUUGGGUCACGUAAUGGAAUACUUCAAGAUGGAGCAUGGGAGCACGCUCACAAUGGCCCAAGCAGAGCAUAAGGAACGGUCGAAUCGAUCUUUGAAGCUUCUGACCGAGCGACGCGAGCUAGCACGAGCCAGAUGUUUCCAGAGAAUUCGUGGUCGACCAGAUGAGGACCUAUCCAAGGUCACCGCUGCGGAACUCGGUCCUGAUCAGUUCGCACAAGAAAUCGAAAUGAUGGCAAGCGCCCGAGGUUACUACGAGAUCGCAAGAAUGCGAUUCACCGACAUGGUUUGCCUGUUCGCCGAGUCCAAGGUGAAGUGGAAGUGCCGGGACCAGCUCAACGAGACUCUGGACGUGCAGCUGAAGGCUGCAACUUUGGACCGAUCUAGCAAGUUGAUGGCGGAGGACCCCGAGCGUGAGGCUCGUCGAAGCGAUCUCACCAAGCAACGGAAGAAGCUGACCCAGGCCCAAGAACGGUUGGCGGCUGUUCACAAAGUGGAGGGCGAGGAGGAGGCGCCAUCAGAUGCUACCAUGGGUGGCCCCGAUGUGUUGACCGAUUGGGACGACAUCUGA